AUGGCUGCAUACGCUACCCCAACCGUACGUCCCGCUCUAAUGGGUUCCAGGCCUCCAAGAUCAACAAGCACCACCCUCGAGGAGGCUGCUGCUCAUGGUGCUGCGAUCCUUUGCGGCAAGUGCAACACCACCGUUCCCACCAAGAAAUCGGAGACUUUCUCGACGCACCUGGACAACCAGCCUGGUACCUUGAUCCAGGUGUACGAGGAUGAGCGCGGAUGCACGAAAGACAACAACCUGCUUGGCAAUUUCGAGCUGUCUAGUAUUCCUCCCGCACCUCGUGGUGUUCCUCAGAUCGAGGUUACCUUCGUCAUCAGCGCCAACGGUAUCCUGAACAUCUCCGCAUCAUCCAAGACCUUCAGGAAGUCAAACCGCAUCACGAUCAUUAAUGACAAGGGCCGCUUGUCAACAGAGAUGAUCGAGCGCAUGCUUAACGAGGCUGAGAAGUACAAGGCGCAGGGUGAAGCUGCUGCUGCUCGCAUUCAGGCCAAGAACGGCCAAGAACCACGCGCUUACGACCUCCAUAACCUUAUCACCGAAGCAGCUUGCCAAACAAAUCAUCUCGUGGCUAGAUGCAUCAUGGGAAGCAUCGAGGAGUACGAUUCGAAACUGAUGGAGUUGGAGAGUAUUAUGCUCUACGGUGCUGCAGGUGGUGCUCCUGGCGGUUCACCAGGGGGUUUCCCUGGCGCCAACGGGGACAGCCCUUCUGUCAAGGAGGUCGACUAA